CCGCGCUCCCAGUGUCCACGGUUUCCUCUUCCGGUCCGGCGGCCGAGGAAACUGUAAAAGCUAUGCUGGGGACGCGGCGUGGAGUUUGAUUCACCUUCACCUGCGCGGGGCACCAGCUGACCCCGGGCUUCCGCCCGGAGAGCUGUCAGACAUGAACGGACGGGUGGAUUAUUUAGUCACUGAGGAAGAGAUCAACCUGACGAGAGGACCCUCGGGGCUGGGCUUCAACAUCGUCGGUGGGACAGAUCAACAGUAUGUCUCCAACGACAGUGGCAUCUACGUCAGCCGCAUCAAAGAGGAUGGGGCUGCGGCCCGGGAUGGGCGGCUCCAGGAGGGUGAUAAGAUCCUUUCGGUAAAUGGCCGAGACUUAAAGAACCUGUUACACCAGGAUGCUGUAGACCUCUUUCGUAAUGCGGGAUAUGCUGUGUCCCUGAGAGUACAGCAUAGGUUACCAGUGCAGAAUGGACCUAUAGUACAUCGAGGUGAAGGAGAACCAAGUGGUAUUCCUGUAGCCAUGGUGCUGCUACCAGUGUUUGCCCUCACCAUGGUUGCAGUUUGGGCCUUUGUGAGAUACCGAAAACAGCUUUGAAAUGCUUGCUGUCUUCCAGUGUGUCCAAUGAACUAUUUCUCUCACUCACCUCCCCUGCCAGUCUCCUAUAUCCUUUCUCCUCUACAUAGCCAACACAUGAUUUAAAGUGACUGAUUACCACUCAAAACCUUGCUAUUCAAACUUGCCAAGACUUCGAAUUCGAAUGGGAGGGUAAAGGUAUUAUUUGAAGAAAAGCUUGUGGGGGAGGGAGAAGCCUUGCUAAGAACAAAUGAGAAGUUACGUUUUUACUAGAACUGCCAAUAAAAAUUCAGCUAUCACCCAAAGAGGAAAAGCUCAGUCUUCCUGUCACCAUGGAUGACACCUUUUAAUUAGCUGGCAUGUUUGAAGGCUAGCUGUGCUACAUGGAAGGAGGAGCUGAUUUUUACUUUUUUUCUUUUCCUUUUAA